AAAAAAAAGAUCCGGGUCACCCUCGCAGUUUACGGAAGUGAUUCAUACGCGGAAACAACACGUCAGAAAUGGCCACAGGGGAAGACCAAGCAGUUGGCAUGGGCCUUGUUGGCUUCAGCCUCCUGUUGUUUACAUACUACACAAUAUGGGUAAUCAUUCUGCCGUUCGUGGACAGCGAUCAUGUGGUCCACCAGUAUUUUCUUCAACGGGAGUAUUCUGUGAUUCUACCUGGGAUCGCAGCAUUGAUACUGCUGCUCAGUGUAGGUACCUUCAUUGGAGUGGUCACCUGGAAGAAUCGCAAGCCUAAGAAGGUGGACUAAGAGGGAUGGUGUCACAGAGGUUAGACGCUGAAGCUACUGUGGCUUCCAUAGAACCUCCCUGGUUCCAACGUCUUUCCAACAGUCCAGCUGAAGAAACUACAAAUAAAGUCUGGACUGCUUCUCUGUGACAGCUGAUGAAAACAUCUAAUGACUGAAAGACAUAAGAUAAGAUUUGAAGAGCUGCAAGGGACAAGGGGUCCAAGACUGAGACCAGAAGAAUGCGAGUCCAAUUCAAGACCAGGAUUGUAAUUUUGUCAAAUAAUCAUCAUCUGGUGUGUGGAACUGUGUGUUUUAUUGCAGUGCGCUUGCUGUUAGCCAUCUCUUUGAAAAUGUGAAACAUUGUGUUUUAAAGUGGAACUGACAGCAUUUUAGCAACAUUACAUUUGAUUAAAAUCUGUUCAGAUACACCCCCAGGAAGAAUAUGACACUUUAAAAAAAAAAGUACACUGAGAAGCGACCAUUUAGAUAUGGUAAUUUUCAUAAAUUCUUAGAAUGUUUGGGAAUUAUGUAUACUAGGGCAUUUGUGAAAAUUCUAUAGCAAUAUAGAUUGGGAAAGCAAAAAGUCAGUCACUCACCUACUCUUCCAAUGACAUGACAUCCUCCUAGAAGCUAGCUAUCUAGCUAAUGUUAGACUGUGUUUUUAACUUGAUACAUAAAGAUACAUACUAGCCUAUUAGCCACGUUAGGACUGACUUGUGAUCAUUGCCCUUGCUAGUUUGAUUGUAUUGAAAUCCCUCGCCUUCGUUACAUUCGUACGUUUUUGUCCAGAAUAUUGAGUCUUUGAAACUGAAACCGUACAUCCUGAAUGGAGACACAGAACUAUGUACCAGGCCAGCUGUGAUGUACAACCUGUUAGCAAUAUAAAUGUAUUGGUGAAUUAUACUAAUCAUUAAUUGAACUGCAUCCAUCUAUUCAGCCAACAAUGCCUUAGUGUAUGGCAUGGUACGUUGAGUCAAAUAAAACCUAUUUUUAAAAACCUCUUAUAAAGACGGUUUUGUAGCAUAAAC